UCACCGGACACAACUUUACAUUCCUCCGAAAUAACACAACCUUAUACUCCUCUCUCGAGUCAUCAUCUAGAUUCUCGUCUUCCCUCAUGGCGUUGGCUGCGCGGCCGGUUUUCUGUGAGCUCAAGCCGGAUAAACAGGCGGCGCCGUUGCAGGUGCAGAAGCCGAAACUGGUGGAGCUCCCACUGCCACAAACGUCGUCUGAUAAUGGAAAAAUUGUGCUCCAGCCGAGGCUUUGUACGCUUAGAUCAUAUGGUGGUGGUGAUCGUGUAGGUGUAAUCAAGACCAAGAAUACUGUCAACGGAGAUGAUCAAGUUUCGCCUUUUUUCGUGACAUUAACUGAAUAUAUAGAGAGCUCCAAGAACAGUCAGGACUUUGAGAUCAUCUCUGGUCGCCUUGCCAUGGUGGUGUUUGCAGCGACAGUAGGCAUAGAGAUGGUGACUGGAAAUUCUGUAUUCAGAAAAAUGGAUUUGCAAGGUAUUGAAGAAGGUGCGGGGGUAUGCUUGGUGGCAGUGACGACUGCGGCAAUUUUCGCAUGGUUAUCCAGUGCUCGUAAAGGGGUAGGUCAAAUGUUUACCAUUCGUUGCAAUACGUUGAUCGACUCACUCAUCGAUCAAAUCAUCGAUGGUUUAUUUUAUGAAGUUGAUCCAAGUGAUUGGUCUGAUGAUCAAUUUUAGUGAAUCAAAUGUGAUUAUUGAAGUAGUUGUAGAUAGCAGUAGAAUAUAUACGAACAUUUGAUCAUCAUAAGGAGUUGAUUUUAGUGAAGGGAUAAUUGCACUUUUGGUACCCAA